AUCAUUUAACUGGUUAUCUGAGGGCUGGUGCAGAGUGGUUGGAGUCCCGUUAACUGGUUACCCUGGUAAGCGUGCUGGUCAGGCUAACUGGUUAACCUUUAGUAGCGGGUACCAGCUACUAAAGUACAUACCUUGAUACAGAAAUAAAACCCCCUCUGACUGCACACUUCUUUGCUUGAAAGAUUGUUUCUCUCACUAUCAGAAUUUUGUCCAAUAAAAUAUAUUCCCUCAGACACGUCUGCCUAGUAUCCUGAGAUCAAUGCAACUACAACAGCACUGCAUAAUUCAUAGAAUGUACUGUUUUUCCCUUCAGGAUACUACUCCUGAUGAGCUGCUCUCUGCUGUUAUGACAGCUGUCCUUAAGGAUGUCAAUCUGAGUCCUGAGAAAGUGGGAGAUAUCUGUGUUGGGAAUGUGCUGCAGCCUGGAGCUGGGGCUUUCACUGCAAGAGUUGCUCAAUUUCUAAGUGGUUUUCCAGAGACUGUACCCAUAUCUUGUGUUAACAGACAGUGUUCCUCUGGGUUGCAAGCUGUGAUCAAUAUAGCUGGUGGCAUCAGAAAUGGGUCUUAUGACAUUGGUUUGGCCUGUGGAGUGGAAACAAUGUCUCUCAGAAAUGUAGGCUCCCCUGGUGAUGUUAGUUCACGUAUGAUAGACAAUAGUAAAGCCAGAGAUUGCCUUAUUCCUAUGGGAAUAACCUCAGAAAAUGUGGCAGAAAGAUUUGGCAUUUCCCGAAAGAAGCAAGAUGACUUUGCCAUGGCUUCUCAGCAAAAAGCUGCAAGAGCUCAGCAGAUGGGAUUGUUUAAAAAUGAAAUUGUUCCAGUGAGGACCACUGUUAAGGAUGACCAAGGCAAUCAGAAAACCAUCAUUGUAAUCCAAGAUGAAGGAAUCAGACCUAGUACAACUCUGGAAGGCUUGGCUAAACUGAAGCCUGCCUUCAAGGAAGAUGGCUCCACUACAGCUGGUAACUCUAGUCAGGUCAGUGAUGGAGCUGCUGCAGUUCUACUGGCAAAACGCUCUAAAGCAGUACAAUUGGGGCUUCCAGUCCUAGGAGUGUUAAAAUCUUAUGCUGUGGUUGGAGUCCCACCUGAUGUCAUGGGUAUAGGGCCAGCCUAUGCCAUUCCAGUAGCUUUGGAGAAAGCUGGUUUGACUAUGAAUGAUAUUGAUAUAUAUGAAAUUAAUGAAGCCUUUGCUAGUCAGGCUGUUUAUUGUGUUGAGAAACUGGGGAUCCCAGUGGAGAAGGUCAAUCCCCUCGGAGGAGCUAUUGCAUUGGGGCACCCACUAGGCUGUACUGGGGCUCGUCAAGUUGUCACUUUACUCAAUGAACUGAAGCGAAGAGGGAAAAGAGCUUAUGGUGUUGUAUCCAUGUGCAUUGGAACUGGUAUGGGAGCUGCAGCAGUAUUUGAAUACCCAGGGAAGUGAAGUACAAUAUCUGACUCUGCAUUCUCCAAUGAUAGUGAAUAAUUUACAGUGUACAAAUGCAUAUGGUUUCAGCAAUGUAUUUAAUGGAAUUUAUUUAGUAAUUUUAGACACAGUUGACUUGGAGUAUAAACUUAUGUGCACUGUUUACUGAAAUACUUUGGGGUAGAAGGAAAAGAGAUUGGUGCCUGCUUCAAAGCUAAGGUGCAUGAAUGCCAGAGGAAAAAAGACUGUGCAAUUUAGCCAGUCUUGCCCUUAAAAAUACAAGCCCCUAUUCAUAUGCAUGUAUGCAUAUUAAUAAUCUCCCUGGAUUCCAUGGGACACGUGUAAAAUUACUCAUGUGGAACCAAAGGACCAGGGCUGUAAUUCAGAAAGACGAAGUUCAUGUGGGUCUUGCUUUUUUAAAAGAGAGAUAUACAGUUGCCUAGACAACUAAAUGUUGAUGCACAUGGAACAAUUUUUUCAACACAUGUACACGCACUUUCUCUGUGUGUAUGUGUAUACACACAUACACACACACAUCUAAUUUUAAAAUUCUUAAGGAAUCAUCCUGAGAUUGAUUAAUUCUAUUACUGAUUAAAUCAACAAUAGCAACAAUACAAAUAAUUUUUUUAAAUGGUUAAACUACUAUUUCAUCAAUAGCUUGACCUAUUAUAUUCAGGUUAUAAUUUUCCUUUAGGGCUUAUUUAAUGUGCCCAUAUGUACCUUGGUAUGUAUGUACCUUGCAUACAUACCAUAUGUAUAUGUGUUUAAUUUUAAAAAUCCUGUGUUUUCUCAAGUAAACACAUUUGGGCAGAGUAGAUAGAAUUGUAUACAAGUUGAUCCACUAAUGAAUAAGAUUUCUCUUUAUAAAUGAGUGAUGAAAUUAAAGGUACAGAAGAGCUGAACUGGCUGCCAAAACUAAUAAUUUUUAAAUAAAAUCUGACCAUUCCAUCCUUAACUCUACAGCAUUUUUAUUUAAUCUUGGCUUAUUUUGUGACUUUUAAAAAUCAGCAUUUUUCUGAAUUACAAAAUAAGCUUAUUAAAUAUUAUCUUACUACUGUAAUAUAGGACUGAUUUUUGGCACAUGUAUUUUUUAUUGUUAACUCUAUGUGAAUAUCAGUAACAUUCUUCAUUAGUCCGUAGUUCUUUUAACUGUGCAAAGACAUAUUUUUUGUAUUGUACAAUCAUUUCCCUUCUAUACUAUCUUCAGUUGCAAACUAAUGUACUUUGGUCACAUUAGGCAUAGAGAGAACCUUGAAACAGUUAUUAUGGAAGAAAUGGUGGAGGGUUGUCAUAAUAGGCCCCGAUGAUGACCAGAAAUGAGAGGGAUGGUGUUUACAGAUCGCUUGAAGGGUAGCUGCUGGAAGUUAGUGAUCAAUUAUGAAGUCUUCCAAAAAUUCUGCUCUGUUAUCACCAAUAUUCAGACAUGAUUACACUGAUUUACUUCCUCCCUUCACAAGAUGAUUUAAACUCCUAGGUUGUGUCUAGACUGGCCUGUUUUUCCGCAAAAUCAUCUGCUUUUGCGGAAAAACUUGCCAGCU